AAUGUUCACCUUCGGUUAUUAACUUACCUCAAGGCACCACGGACAGCCAUGGCUCCAGUGACCGAUUUUAGCACAAAUCCUCGCUACUCACAGAAACAAGAAGUGGAGAAUUCCAAUGAAACACGACAAGGGAAAGGACACAAAAUUAUCAUAAAUCAGUCCAAGAAGGAGCUUUUCAAUAUCAAUUCUGGGUUGAGAGGAAUUCAUCGGCGACUGAAAAAUGCGUGGACUGUAGAGACGAAUCCCGACGAGAUCACAGAUGGCAUGUUCGAAGGAGUUCGCGCUUUCAUACUUCCACAUCCAAGGGCUAAAUUCAACGUUUCUGAGAUGGAGGCAAUUGGACGAUUCAUCACAAACGGUGGAGCCGUGUUAGUACUGCUGUCGGAAGGAGGAGAACAACAACACGAUACCAACAUCAAUUUUCUUCUUGAAGAAUUCGGCAUUGUUGGCAACAGUGACGCCGUGAUUCGGAGUAUUUUUUACAAAUACUUUGAUCCGAAAGAAGCCCUCAUUUCAAAUGGAGUAUUGAACAGAAGUAUAGCGAUAGCGGCUAAAAAGAAAGUGUCAAAUGAUCAGCAAUCUAACUCCCAAACUAUCUCAUUUGUGUAUCCAUUUGGUGCAUCGCUAUCGGUCAACCGUCUCGCUACUCCCGUACUCUCAACGGGCAGUGCUUGCUUUCCAAUAGGAAGGCCAGUAGCAGCCUUUCACGAAACCGAGGGCGCAAACGGAAGACUUGUAGUAUGCGGUUCUGUUCACAUGUUCUGCGAUCAGUACAUUGACAAAGAGGAGAACAGCAAGCUAUUCGAUGCCAUUAUGGAAUAUCUCAUUGAUGGUUACGAACUGAACAAAAUUGAUGCCACAGAACCGGAACUGUCGGAUUACGUCCAAAUUCCUGAUCACGUCCGUCUAUCAGAAGAACUAAAGGUUUGCAUUUCAAAAUCGUAA